AUGUACGAUGCACCCACCAAAAUGGAGGGCUUAGUGGAUGAAUUUUUAAAUAUGUGUGCAAACGAGAAAAAUAAAUGCGAUAGACAAGCACCCGGGAUUAUAAACUCAAGUAACAGCACUAAUGACAUAACUAUGUACAGAGAAGACGAGCCGUAUUUAGACAUGUUUCAAAUGAACGCGCCUGCUUUGUUGGCGCCAUUCUCAACACCUCAAAAUGUUUUCACAAUCGAUGACGAAUUUCAAAAGAUUACCAAACCAGAGAUAGAACUAAUUAUACCUUUAGAAGAUUCAGCUUUUAAACAACCCAUAUCUUUGAGAAAAAACUCAACCCUCAGAUUAGAUGUCGGGCUACAACAAGUUCAGUCAACUAGUUAUGGUGACAUUUUAAACACACCAGAAGUUGUAAAAACGCUGACUGAACAAGAAUCUGCUUUCAAUCUAUUAGCUUAUGUCUUUGAUGAAAAAAAAACUGACAAUUUGGCUGAAGUACCUACACCCAAAGAUGUUACUGUAUCACCAACCUUACAGUGGUCUCGGAAACGACGCAGUAGUAAUUCAUCAGCUUCAAUACAAACAGACGAUGAUGACUAUCCUAAGCACAGAAAGCCUAAUGAAGAUUAUCAUUCAUCUGACGAUAAGUAUAGACAACUGAGGGACCGUAAUAACGAAGCAUCUCGAAAGUCUAGGGCCACUCGAAAAGCCAGAGAAAAUGAGCUAAACGGCAGCGCUAGUCAGUUGGAAGCUACCAACAGAAGGUUAACUAUCAAGGCUGAAGAAUUGGAGAAAAUGGUCAACGAUAUGAGACAAGCUUUAUUGAAAAUGAUGACAAAGAAAAAAUAA